UGUGGAAGCCAACUCUAGCGGACAAAUAUUGGCGCCAAACCAAUCGUGCCCUGGUUCCUGCGACCAACGUGUAAACGUUGAUUAAUAUUUCCUGUUAAGUCACAUAUAGGCGCGGAAAUUCGCAAUGAGCGAAGCGCACGGCUAUUGCCGGUGUUGUUCAAGAUGGUUCAAGAAACACGCCGAAUUCCAGAAAUGGGAUGCUGAAAAAAGUCUCCUGGUUCACAAGAUUUUACAGCUUGGACAAGAGAACGAGAAGCUGAAGGCUAAGAUUUAUGAAAGGACAAUAGCAUCGUCCCAGGAGUUGCAGAGGCGUUACAAGCAACAACUGAGCACCACGCUGGCUGAGCUGAAAUCACUGCAGCAGGCCACCCUGAGGCAGUAUGAGGCAUUUGUUCAACACCUGCAGGAUGAGGCCAGAGGCAGGGAUCGGCCAAGCGCAAGCACCUCCUGCAAAUAGGAGGGAAGUCACUGCGCGAGGUGGCAUCGUAUGCCAUGAAGGCUGUAAUGGCGCACCCCGUCCAAGUGCUUUACAGCCUUCAUAGCAGGAAGGGGAAGAGGGCAUUCAUCAAUUUGAAGUUAUGCCGGAUAGUCACAGGUAAAGCUUCCUCAGUCAUCCUUUUGCAUUGUUGAAGUAUUGUGUAUACAGCCAAACUCCUCUACAGCGAAAUGGCUUGCAUAACAAGAGGUUGUCCUUGCCAAAAUCGUGUCUUUCAUAUAAAUUGUCAAUUUCUACAACGAAGAAAUUUGGGCGUCCCUGUUGGCUGAUUUCAUUUUUUACUAUGAAAGCCACAUACUCAGUCACCACUGCCCUUGCAGAAAUUGCGAAAGUGUGCUCUGCACUAGCACCAAUGGCAGCUUAGGUGAAUUGCUUGACGAGCAUGCCGAUGAAUUGCAUCACACCAGGCAGCUUACACGUUUAGCAUCAGCGGGUGAGACAGCUGAAUAUGUCUCGGUUAGUAAAGACAUGGUGUGAUCAUCACUGGUGACGUUAACGCUAUGUUAGGGUGGAAAAACAAGAAUGUCAACGAAGGCAACAGGGAUGAAGAUCCUGUAAAUGGAUCAAGAAUUUUCAUGGCGGGGAAGGCGAUAGCAUUUAAUUAUCCGCAGCAUUACUUUGCGUAUCCUGCAUUUCGCCGCUGAGCAUGCUGCGAACCUCUAUUCAAUAAGGUUGGCUGCGGUUGCAAAUUCUGUCAGAUAAACUGUGUUCUAAAGACUUAGCAACUUAUUUCACUAAGUCUCUUGAGUUCAUGUUAAGGUUUUCUUUUGUUGAAUGUGUUUGCCUGCUCUAUUGUGGGUGAUCUUUACGGUGCAUGCUGUAUGUACUAAUUGUGGUCUUUGC